UUCUUCCAGGCUGUGAUGGAGUCUGUGGUUUUAUGGUAUAUUGCCUCUUAUUUUGUAUUUUAUUCCUCUCAUGUCAUCAGCUCUCAUACAGACUGGGAUGAAGUUGUAAUUGUUGAAGAAAACACAUCCACCACCUUGGUCUGCUCCGGUGCCAGACUGAGAGGUGACGUAUCCAUUAACUGGAUGGUAAAGUCGGUGGAUGCGGAUGAGUGGAAGCUGAUUCUCUCUGCCAGUGAGAAGAGUAAGUUUUGCGGAGGAGCCUCGAAGGCAUCCAUCCGACUGACUGACGACAACUUUCAGAACACGGGGAAUUUCUCACUGUUCGUAUCACCCAAAGCGGAGGACGGAGGACUCUACUCAUGCCUCAUAAAGAAACAAAAGAAGAAAGUCAAACAAAGGAUUUUCCUUUUAGAAGUUCUAACAGUUGGCUUCUUCCCUGCUGUGCCUGUCCGUCAGUACAGCACCCUGCGGCUGUUCGCCCGAGUCAAUCCUGACAUUUCUGUCUCCAAAAUUGCCUGGACGGCACCUGGCGGCCUUCCCAUGAAGACAGAGAAGUGGUCGGACUCAGGCACAGUGACUAAAGUGCCGCAGGUCCAGAUCAGUGAUGCUGGGACUUACACCUGUACGGUCCACCUCUGGGGAAACUCCACUGGUGUUCUGGCUGCAAAUGUGGAUGUGGCAGUUGAUGCGAACAGCGUGGCCUCAUUCACCAAUAUUAUACACAGCGAAAUGAUUUCUACUGCCACUCAGGCUAAUAAAUCCCUUCUGCUGACCUGCCCCAGCAUCGAGGGCGACUUCGUCACGCUACAUUGGCUUCGACCAGAUGCAAAGAAUCACAACAUGAUGAAGCUAGUGUACCAGUAUGACCGUUGGAGGAGUUCCACCUCAAAGCAGAGCAACACACUCCAGCUAGCUGGUCCGCCCUAUGACCCCAACGCUGGAAACUUCUCCUUCCUACUCACACCUGCAUUAAAGGAUGGAGGCCUCUACAUCUGUGAAGUAUACCUUAAUGAUGUGGUGUUCAGCCAGUGGACUAGACUUAGUGUUCUGAAAGUCAAAAUCUACAAUUAUCCGACAAACCAGGAGCUGCUGUGCCGGUACUCAGAGCGCUCAGAGGUUCAGAGUGUUGUGUGGAAACAUGAAGAUAAGACUCGGCAGCUGCAGAUGUCAAGCAACGGCCCUGGCAGCAUCAGCACCAUCCUGCCGCUGCCCAUCAGCCCUGAUGCAGCAGGGAAUUACACCUGCAUCCUGCAGUUGAAAAACGGCCAGAGCAUAUGGGCAGUUGAAACUGUCACAGUGCCCCCAACAGAGCGUGUCACCAUCACUACCUCCUCUCCGCACCCUUCUCUCUCUGCUUUAUUACUCCUGGUCCCCCUGGUUGCAGCAGCUGUUGGCGUGUUGCUAUGGAGACAGAGACACAUUUCUGAUCGUGGUAUUGAGCAGUCACUGUCUGUCCAGUCUGGUGAAGCGGAGAACAUCUAUGAGAAUCCAGAGGAUAUAAGACAGGCUCCUCCCCAGGGUUCAGUCUACAUGGAUUUGAAGCCAAGAGGAGACAAUGACAUCUAUAAGGAAUUGGAACGAGUUUUGGUCAGUGCAGGCUGCCGUAGCCACCGAGGUGCAAGAAUGGCGGCUUGGAUGUUGUACCGCUGUGUAUUUGGGCCUCGUCUUCAACGUAUUCACCGGUCUCCGGAACCGUCUCGACCUGAGGGCAGACUGGUCAGAAGGGGGUGGAACUACCAACCCAGGGGUCUGGAAAAACACUCUGACAGUAUCCUUGGCUGGGCCUCAGCACUAUGGUCCCUGUCCUACUACAGCUCUCCUCUCCUCCUCUGUUAUCUUUACAAAAAAGGCUACAUCUGCAGCAGUAAGUUGGUUCCGGUGAGUCAGUACGUGGGAACCGUGCUCGUAUGUCUUCUGGGCGUUGCAUGUCUUCGAGGAUGGGGGCGAUGGAAAAACUCUGAUUAUGUUCAGUUUAUCUCAGUUCUGGAAGAAACUAAGAAGAAUCACACACAAGCAAACAAGAAAAAGCUGAGGUGUUAUGACUUUGACUUCUCACACUGGCCUUCAGAUUUCAGCUGGACAGAAGUCAGCAGUCCGAAACAGUCCAAAGGUGGUGUUUCUCUGCUGAAGCCAGAGCCCAGACUGAGGGGGACAGCAGACAGCUUAAUCAACUCUGUACGCACUUUACCAUGCCAUGUCAUUGGUUUUCUUAUUGCUCACACAUUCGGGAGGCGGAUGUUAUACCCCGGCUCUGUGGGUUUACUGCAGAAAGCAAUGAGGCCCAUGUUGCAGCAAGGCCAGGCUAAAUUAAUAGAGGAGUAUGAUGGUCAAAGGAACAAGCUGGUGGCCUGUGAUGGGAACGAGAUUGACACCAUGUUUGUGGAUCGAAGGAAAGAUGGUGGCAGGACCGGCCAGACGCUGGUCAUCUGCUGUGAGGGGAAUGCCGGCUUUUAUGAGGUGGGCUGCAUGAACACACCUCUGGAGGGUGGUUACUCUGUUCUGGGCUGGAACCACCCUGGAUUUGGAGGCAGCACGGGAGUCCCUUUUCCCCAGAAUGAGGCCAACGCCAUGGAUGUGGUCAUACAGUUUGCAGUGCAUAAGCUCGGUUUUCAACUGAGUGAUAUUGUGAUUUAUGCUUGGUCCAUAGGAGGAUUUACAGCCAGCUGGGCUGUAAUGUCAUACCCAGAGCUCCAGUCAGUUGUGCUGGAUGCCUCUUUUGAUGAUCUUCUACCCCUAGCACUUAAAGUGAUGCCUGAGAGCUGGAGACCUUUGGUGCAGCACACAGUGAGGCAAUACAUGAACCUCAACAAUGCAGAGCAGCUUCUCAAAUAUCAGGGACCAGUCCUGCUGGUCAGGAGGACUAGAGACGAAAUCAUCACCACCACGGGUCCAGAGGACAUCAUGUCCAACAGAGGGAAUGACCUUUUGCUCAGACUGCUUCAGUUCAGAUACCCCAAGAUAAUGACAGAUGAAGGAGUCAGAGUUGUCAGACAGUGGCUUGGAGCGUCCACUCCCUUUGAAGAAGCAUCUGUGUAUAGCGCCUACGAAGUGGACGACGACUGGUGCAUAUCUGUGCUGCAGUCCUACCAGACGGACAGAGACGUCCCGUUUCCAUGGAGUGUUGGUGAAGACAUGGCACCAGAGGGAAGGCGUCAGCUUGCUCUUUUCUUGGCUCGGAAGUACAUGCGAAACUUUGAAUCAACACAUUGCACCCCUCUUCCUGCCGCCGAGUUCCACUCGCCCUGGAGACUUUGAGAAGGGGAAAAAAAAAA